AAAUAGAACUCCACCGAAUUAUCAGAUGAUUCUGUUCUGCUGCUCGCAGUUUCCUCAAACUAGUGCUUGUACAAUGGAAAUAAAACUUUUAUCUUGUCCCGUCUGUUCGAAACCCCAUUUCGAAGGUGUGGACGCCCUCAGAACCACUCUAGUGACCGUUGCAACCAGCUUAGUGACUUGUCCGGUAUGUUGUGAAACUUUACUUGGCCUAGACAAGCUGACUAUACAUUUGUUUAGCCACAUCAGUAACGCUACAGUUACGAAGAGCGCUGUUGAAGAUAAGGUGCAGUAUGAAAUCGAUCAAAGUAUUGAAGACGUGUCGAAAUCCACAGGAAAUGAAGAGCAGAAAGUUGCUCCAGCAUCAGAAGCUCUCACAUGCGAUAUUUGUAAUUUCUCUUUCACCAACAGAAACCUUCUGGAGAUGCACCAAAAGCUGCUCCACAAGACGAGCCCGGACAAGAAAACUGGGACGUACAGUUACCACUGCCAUUUGUGCAGCAAAAAAUUCAGGAUGAGGGGCAGUCUCAUGGUCCACUUGAGAGUGGCUCAUUAUGGUUUUGGUCGCCCCGAUACAACAAGUAAUUUCAAUGCAAUCAGCGCCGAAUUAUCAACAAAUCGGGAGGAGGAAGAUAAAAAAGAAGUGGACGAGUCGAAAACUUUGCAAAAAAAUGUGACCGUUCGACCACCUGAUAACAAGCAGUGGGAAUGUGACGUGUGUUACAAAAUGUUCACCACGAAAUACUUUCCAUUAUAG